GCGGCUACAGGGUAAAGCCCGUAGGUGUACCACCAACAUGAGCCACAUUCCUCUCGUCAGCACUAAUCUGGCAACGGUAGCUCUGGAAAGCGUGUUCUAUGGAAUUUUCCUUGUUCUCGCUACCACUUCUAUCUUUUUCCACAUUUCUCGUUUUGCCUCUGCCCGACAAUCUCCGAGACGUGACUGCGGGACUUUACUAGGGCCUGUCUUUGUGGGUUCAAUCCUCGUUUCUCUUACAGUGACUGGGCACUGGAUUAUAACCGUCAUACGUCUCUUCGAUGCAUUUGUCAACUAUAGUGGCGGCAAUGCCCCACUUGCAUACUACAGCUUUGUAUGGCUAUCGACAGACAUUGCCCUGAAUUCCUUCCUCGUCGCAACACUCAUCGUGUGCGACUCUAUGCUGUGCUACCGUCUAUGGGUUGUAUGGAAUCACAAUUAUGUGGUGAUUAUUCUGCCAAUAUGCGCUAUUAUUGGCCUGUGCGUUGCAGGGCCUGUUGCUAUCUACCAGCAGACACUCGUCCGGGGUAGUAUCUUCGCGGCUACCUUGACACAUUGGGUCAAUGCAUGCUAUGCCUUCACUUUUGCAACCAACAUCUAUAGCUCCUGUGGCAUUGCCUAUCGUGUCUGGUUAGCACGCCAGCGAAUACAUUCCUUUGGUGGCCCGAACCUCACUGACGUCCUUGUCACAAUGGUGGAGAGCGCCGCUUUAUACGCGUCAUACAGCAUUUUCUUCCUCGGCACAUAUGAGGCGAAAAGCAACCUACAAUUUUUCACCAUUGGAACACUAUGCCCUGUAGCUGGCAUAGCGUUCAUGCUCAUCAAUGUCCGUGUGGGUUUAGGCUGGGCGCAGCGCGGAACUCCGCAUCAUUCGUCCUCGGGACUGAGCUCCGCUCGGAGCGGUAUUACGCAUGGUAGUUCUAACACAGGAGCCUCCUUCGCCAUGCGUCCAUUAACCGUGGAUGUUACGACCGUAGUUCAUCAGGAUGGAAACGACUUGGAGCAGUCCCGGAUGAAGACAGACUAUGACGCUAGUGGAUUGUGACCUUGUCAAUUAGCACAUUCCUGGCAGCAACCACUAAUUUGUCGGCUUCGAUGAUUAUAUAUACAAAUUCGGACAACGGGGGUGUUGAUUCGGAGCGGGAUAAUGUUUGAGAUGUGUUAUAACUCCCAGCACACUGGCAGGGAGACUGUACUCUAAUAUUGAGCGCAAAA